AUGACCAAGACAAACGCGCCAACACUGCCAUUCGAGCUUACUGCUCUGGAACCAUGCAUGACCAAGAAGCAACUUGAUCUGCAUUUUAACAAGCAUCACAUGGGAUACUACAAAAAGUUCUGCGAACUAACCAAAAACGACCCUGAUGCCAAAGUCGAAGAAAUCAUAAAAAAAAACAUUGCGGGUAAACUCUACAACAACACAGCGCAACUUUACAAUCAUCAGUUUUUCUGGCGCUGUCUGAUUAACAAUAGUAAAAAAUUUUCAAACGAGCCAAGUGGCGAAUUGAAAGCGUUGAUUGAAACCAGUUUCAAAAGCUUCGACGCUUUCCAAGCCGAGUUCGAAGCCACUUCUAUUGGUCACUUCGGAUCAGGAUGGGUUUGGCUUGUUUACAACACUAGUACGAAACUUCUCGAACUAUUCCAGGGCCACGACGCUCAAUGUCCUUUAUCUGAUCAAAAUUUGUUACCGCUUUUAGCUUGCGAUUUAUGGGAACACGCUUACUACGUAGAUUACGAAAACCGACGGGACAACUACCUGUCUAUCUUUUGGAAACUUGUCAACUGGAACUUCGUUGAAAACAUGCUUAAACACAAACGCUUCGACUAUAACAAUCCUGACCAAUUUUAUUAA